UGUCCCAGGACGCACAUGUGAGACCUUAUGGUGAAAUGCAUGACUGAGGUUGUGUAGCGACAGUACUUGUAAAGAACGUGUUUUUUAAAAUUUUGAUGAAUGACGAUGAAGAGAAAGGCCAAGAAACUACCUGCCUCGAAAUCAGCGGAAGAGGUGGAGAAUUCAGACCCAUCAUCACACGGUGAGGAAGAAGAGGAUGAGGAGGAGCUCCCGACACCGUCGAAGGCGACGAAGACGGAAGAUCAUGCUUCGGAGGAAUCGGUCCCGCGUCCCCAGAAGCUCUCCAAGGGGGAGUUGUACAAACCCCCGACUGCUGAGGAGCUGCACCAGCUCAAGGAGGCUGAGAGCCUGUUCCACUGCAAUCUGCUGAAGAUGCAGAUGGAGGAGCUGUUGAAAGAAGUGGUCUUGAGCGAACGCAGGAAACGUUUGGUGGACUCUUUCAUAAUGAAGAUCAAAGCGUUGCUUCAAAAUGUUCCGCAGACCCGUGAGGUGGAGCUGAAUGACCAUUCUUGGAUUUCCGAGGGGGUCAAGGUACCAUUUCUCUGGGUCCCAAAGACCACCAAGGGCAAGUUUCACAUGGCACCCCCCGCCUCUGUUUCCCUGGUGGGUAGUUACCCACUGGGCACCUGCACGAAACCGUCGGUAUCUGUGGAUCUUUCCGUCAUCAUGCCUCCUGCUGUCCUGCACCCUAAGGAUGUCUUGAACCAGAGGUACCCACGGAAAAGAGCUCUCUACCUGGCAGGCUUGGCACAGCACCUCAGGUCAUCUCCUGAAAUCGGAACGCUGCGCUACUCCUGUCUGCAUGGCAACCGCCUCCGGCCCCUUUUACUGCUGACACCUCCAGGAAAAGACUCCAACUCCCUCACUGUGAAGAUCCAUGUUUACCCCCCACCGGGAUUCUUCAAGCCCAGCCUUUUCCACCCGAAAAGGAACAACGUCCGGACGCACUGGUACACGGGCCUAGAGGCUCCACAGCCUGAUGCAGUUGGGCCACCAACGCCUCACUACAACAGCUCCCUUCUGGGAGACGUCUUGCCAAAGGCACAUCUGCAGUUUCUGUCUGCCAUAUCUGCGCAGUGCAGCGCCUUUGGUGAAGCUGUGGCCCUGCUCAAAGUAUGGCUCAGGCAGAGACAGCUGGAUCGGGGUGCAGGGUGUUUCAGUGGGUUUGUGGGCUCCAUGCUGGUGGCCUACCUUCUCUCCUCGCACAGAGUCAGCAACAGCAUGACUGCCUAUCAGCUGCUUAGGAACUCCCUGCAUUUUUUAGCCUCCACUGACCUCACGAAGAAUGGGAUCACUCUGGCAAAGAACCCAGAUUCAAAGGCGCCUACGCUCCAUGAGUUCCACAGCACCUUCCAAGUGGUCUUUGUGGAUCCCUCCGGGUACCUUAACCUCUGUGCAGACAUGACAGCUAACACUUACAAACAGGUUCAGAAUGAGGCUUCGCUGUCCCUGCAGUUCUGGGAUGACCCCACAGUAGAUGGCUUCCAGGCCCUUUUGAUGACUCCCAAACCCCUCAUCAGAACUUGUGACCAUGUCUUCCAGCUUCAUGGGCUGGUCAAGCUACAGGCCUCCUGCAAGAAGCUCAACCUCCUUGGUGAACUGAUGGACCACGGUGGAGACUAUGUGCUCACAGCACUGCCCUUCAUUCUCUCCCUUUUACAACUGGGACUGGGAAAAAGGAUCCAUCUGCUGACGCAUUCCUUGACGGCUGACCCGGAGUGGUCUGUGGACAGCGAACCCCCCAAACACAAGGACCAGACACCGUUGUCCUUUGGCCUCUUGCUGAACCCUGAGCAUUCGUCCUCUGUGCUAGAGAGGGGUCCCCCAGCGGACAGUCCCGAGGCGGCAGAGUUCAGGCAGCUGUGGGGUCCUCGGGCGGAGCUGCGGCGCUUUCAAGAUGGUGCCAUCACCGAGGCCGUGCUGUGGGGGGGCUCGUCUGCCUGCCAAAAAAGGCUGGUUCCCCGCGAGAUCAUCACACAUCUGCUUCAGCUUCACGCUGAUAUUCCAGAGUCCUGCGUGCGAUACGUUGGAGGGCUUUUUGACGAUGUCAUCAAAAUUGGGCGGAGGUCUUGCAGCACCGGAGAGGAGGAAAGCCUGAAGGUGGUGCAGUCCUUUGACGACCUGAGUCGCAAGCUAUGGCAGUUGGAGGAUCUGCCUCUGUCCAUCACCUCCGUGCAGGCUGCCCACCCGGCCCUGAGAUACACGCAGGUGUUUCCUCCGGUCCCUCAGAAGCUCGACUACUCGUUUUUCGAACAAGACAAGCAGUCAAGGGCGCUAGUGCCACACAAGGACAAGCCGUGCCCCGUAUUCAUCCCCCCUCUACAAGUGAUCUGCCACAUGGAGGGCAGCGGGAAGUGGCCCCACGAGCGGCUGGCCAUCCGCCACGUCAAGGCCGCCUUCCACAUCCGCCUUGGGGAGCUGCUCAGGAAGCAGCACAUGUACACUUGCAGUACCACUCCUACGCACGUGGACGUCUACAAGGAUGGCCUCAUAUUCCGUAUUCAGGUGGCCUAUCACCGGGAGCCCCAGGUCCUGAGGGAAAGCAUUGGCCCUGAUGGGUUGCUGCGUUACCGUGAUAACGAAGAGGCUCAGGCUCUAGAAAUGGAAACCCUUCACAGGCCCUACCUCACCAGCACGCUUCAUGGGCUCCAGCAACAACACCCGUCCUUUGGAGUGACGUGUCGGCUGGCCAAGCGGUGGCUGGCAGCCCAGCUAUUCAGUGAUGAGGUCGACGAGGAUGCAGCUGACCUCCUUGUCGCUUCGCUCUUCCUACAGCCCGUUCCAUUCACUCCUCCCAGCUCCCCUCAGGUUGGCUUCCUGCGCUUCCUCCACCUGCUCUCCUCCUUUGACUGGAAGAACUGUCCUUUAGUGGUCAACUUCAACAGCCAGCUCACGGCUUCAGACUAUGUCGAGAUAAAGAACAAUUUCAUUGCAUCCCGAGAGAGUCUGCCUGUCAUGUUUAUCGCCACGCCAAAGGACAAGAAGGUCUCCAUUUGGACCAAGCAGGGGCCAUCAGUGCAGAUGCUGCAGCGACUUAUUGUCGUGGCUUCAGAGAGCCUGCGAGUCCUGGAGGCACAGCUGCUGGACCCGAGUCAGAACCAAGAUGUUCGGGUGGCCCUGCGGCCCCCGCUGGACAUGUAUGAUGUGCUGAUUCACCUGAACCCCAAGUACGUGCCGCUGCUGGACCAGGCCGUCGACCCACCUCACAUCACGUUUAGCAGGGGCACCGUGCCUGGUUCUGCACCCAGCACCAGAGGGCUCCUCCCCGUCAUCGACUUUAACCCGGUCAGCCUGUACCUGGCUGAGCUUCGGGAUGCAUUUGGACACUUGGCGCUGUUUUUCUGCGACCCCUACGGUGGUACGGUCAUUGCAGUGCUGUGGAAACCACAAGCCUUCAAAGCACAGCCUUUCAAGACCUCACAGAUGAGUGCUCGCUGCGUGGAGGUGAGUGGAGACGAGGCUCACAGCCUUCCCAAUGUGGAGGCCAUCCUGGAGGACUUCCGUAUCAUGGGGGACGCUCUCGUCAGGAAGGUAGAGCCAAGGAUGGAGAACUGGGUGGUCUGAAGAGCCCUGUUCUUCGUCACUGUUGUGAUUUGCAACCGCAACCCCUCUGGCUUAGGUUACAUAAUGGACUUUUUUUUUUUUUUUUUCCCUUUCUUCUGUG